AUGCCAACCACGGAAAAGCUCCCAAAGUCCUUCUCCUCCCAAGCGAAACUCUACACCUGGCUCCUCCGCGCCUCCGACUCCGAGAUCAAGCGCUUGAAAGUCCUUACCCUCCGUUUGACAGACGUAGACCUCACUGCUCUCUUCGAAGAACCCAGUUCCCGCCCCUCCGCCGGAGAACCUCGCCGCAAUGCGUGGAGCCUUUACCAACAAGACCUGGCCAAGCUCGAUCGCGCCAUGCAAGCGUUGACAGGUCUGACGGACUUGACCAUUAUGCCGCCGGAGCAAAGGACUGCGUUGGUGAGAGGGAUGUACUUGACUGCAUUGGGGAUCGUGGCGGGGAGGUGUAAGGGUUUGAGGUGUUUGACUGUGAGGGACGAGGAGGGCGUGAGGGAGCACGUUCCCGGGUUGAAAGGGUUGGCGAAGGUGGUGCUUGAGGGAAAGGAGGUGGUGGUGAAGAAGGAGGUGAAGAGUGUGGUUGUUAAGGUGGAGGUGGAUGAGGAUGAGUGUUGA